UAUAUAGAAGUAAUGAUGAAGCAUGUUCUAAAUAAAAAAAAACACCUCACUUAGAUAUGGAGACGUCGGCUCCACUCAACUUUGCUGGUUUGAAGGGAAAUUCCAGAUGGUCUCUAGCGGGAAUGACAGCUCUCGUCACCGGUGGUACACGUGGAAUUGGUUAUGCUGUGGUGGAGGAACUGGCGGAGUUAGGGGCGGUGGUGCACACCUGCUCUCGCAAUGAGGUUGAACUUAACCAACGCUUACAAGAAUGGUCCGCCAAGGGUUUCAGCGUUACUGGAUCUGUUUGUGACGUAGCUUCUCGUCCCCAGCGUGAACAACUUAUGGAAAAAGUCUCGUCGCUUUUUAGUGGCAAACUCAACAUCCUAAUAAACAAUGUGGGGACGUAUUUUAUGAAACCUACUACAGAAUAUACUGCAGACGAUUAUUCUUUUCUCAUGGCUACCAAUUUGGAAUCUUGUUAUCAUAUUUCUCAACUUGCACAUCCUCUUCUAAAGGCUUCUGGAUUUGGAAGCAUUGUGUUCAUUUCCUCUGUUGCAGGUCUAACUCAUGUUCCUGUUGGGUCUAUUUAUGGUGCCACCAAAGGUGCAAUAAAUCAACUUACUAAGAAUUUAGCAUGUGAAUGGGCAAAAGACAAGAUUCGGACCAACAAUGUAGCACCGUGGGCCACGAAAACCUCGCUUGUUGAAGAUUUAUUUGCUAAUAAGGAGUUUAUGGAUGCUGUGAUAUCUAGAACUCCUUUGAAACGAAUUGCAGAAGCAAAUGAAGUUUCAUCUCUGGUAGCCUUCCUUUGCCUACCGGCUGCUUCUUACAUUAAUGGUCAAAUCAUUGCAGUUGAUGGGGGACUCACAGUUAACGGAUUUUAAUAAAUGUAGUUUGUCAGUUUGCUUGAGGAGUUCCUGAUAUCCUAUUAAUUAGCGUGGUACAAACCACCAUGUUGAACAUUUUAUUUCUAUAAAAAAAUAAAAAAGAGUUUGUC